CGUGGUGCCACCCCGCCCAGCAGGGAAUUUUUUUUCUUUUCUUUCCGAAGGUGGGGUUUUGCUGCGCUACCCUAGAGGACCCCGAAUCCGCAAUAAAAGAAGUAAAGAGCUAGUGCAAUUAAGAAAUCCGGAUUGGAUGGCCUGGACCCAGAUAAUGACGGGCUAAGGACGGCGCAACUGCUGACGAUCGUUUCACCAGAAUGGCUCGCCAGGCUAGGGGACUCCCAGGGAGGAUUGCUGGGGAGGGUGGAAACAAUGGAAAACCAAUAACCUUGUAUGGGGAAGCUGAAGAAGAUUGCAACAAGGCUUUGAUGCUGGAUAAAUGCUGUGUAAAAGCAUUAUUCCGCCGGGCAAUUGCACGCAGAACUCUGAAUCGUCCAAAAGAGGCCCUAUCGGAUUACAAGCAGGCUCUCAAGGUAGAUGGAAAAAAUGAAGAGCUUGCAAAGAUCAUCCAGGAGCUGGAGAAGGAUAUAUGGAACAAAGAAGAAGAGAAGGCCUUGAUAUCACAGGUCAAGAGGAGAAAGCAAGGAGGGCCUGGAGAUGGAGAGUCUCCUUCGCUUUCAGAAUACACCAAACAGGGGGAAUGCAUUGACAGCGUGGAAGACCUAGUUCUGAAGCUGAAGGCAGAUGAAGGGAUGUCGACGGAGGGAUUUCAAAAAAUCGCGCAAGACUUAAAAUCUAUCCUUGUAAAUGGGAAUUCUGGCCCUUUCUGUUUUAUUGGGCCCCCUCUUCAGGAUCUUCUUUCCUCUGGGGUUUGGGAGAACAUGCUCGUCCUGUAUGAUGAUGCGGUCGGGGACAAUUAAGCCAAGGCCCACGCCUGCUGAACAGGCAGAAAUCGAUCGUUGGCAGGCAGAGAAAAAGAAAAAGAAAGAAGACAGAAAAAGACAAAAGGAAGAAGAAAUAAAGAAAAAAGUGCAGGUAGAAGAAGAAAGAUUAAAAAGGGAAAUGAAAGCAAAAUUUGGAA